CUGCCUGCCCAGUCCCGCGCUUCGAGCCCGCUUCUCGGCGGGGAGACGCGGGGAGGGAGGCCGGGCGGGCGCGUCCUCGCGCACAAAGGGCCGGGCCGGGCCGGGCCGGACGGCGCCUCCCGCCCCGGGGCGCCGAGCGGGGCCGCUCGUGCUUCGCUGCGGCCCGGCGCACUGAGGCCCGCGGCUCGGGCCGGCCUCGGCCGCUGCCCCGUCCGUGGCUCCCCCUCGCCGCCCGCGCACGCCGAGCUGCGCGGGCAGGUGAGUCUGUGCGGGCCGAACGCAGUCGCCACGGGCCCGUCCGGCGGGGACGGCCGAGUGACCUUGCGGUGGCCCUGGGGCCCGAGCCGGGGCACGGGCCGCAGGGCGGGGGCAGUGCCGGUGCCCGAGGCGGGGAUUUGACCGGUCCGGAGCGGCGCUCGGCGGGCCGGGUGUGGGGUGCUCUGCGGUCCCGUUGUCGGCGCGGGGCCCUGGCGUGUCUCCAUCCCUGGGGUGCUCAGGCGCGUCUGCUGCGCCUUGCCCCUCCCCACCCCUGGGGACGAAGCGAGGCAAGCACUCCGCGGGGAGGAAGGUCCCCGGUGUCUGCGGCGCUGUCAACGCUCGUCGGGGGUACCCUAUAAACACCUGCAGAGUUGCUGUUCAGUAGUCUCUUCUGCUAGUAAAAGUUAGCUCCGCUAAAAAAAACCCAAAACAACCAACAGCAACAACCAACCAAACAAAAUAUCGCCCUCCUUCCCCAAAAUCUCUAAACUAAAAAAAAAAAAAACCCAAAAAACAAAACAAACUUAAAGCCACCCUUCCCAGGGAAAAAAAAAAAAAAAAAAAAAAACCACCAAAAAACAAAAAAAACUAAUUAGCGUUCAAAUGAGCCCCGGAAAUACACAGAGAGAGUUUUCUUUCCAAAAAAUCUCAUGGCUCUGGUUUUACUCAAACUUAACUGUUAUUCUUAGUGGUUUACUUCCCCACCUUGAUCUACUAGGGUUAGGCAGGCAAAUCGGAUGGUUGUUUCCUUGGUGGAUUCCUCUGGUUUAAUAAUUUGUUGUGUGUCCAAUGGAUGCUGGACCUUUCUGUAUAGUGGACAGGGUGUUGUGGAGGUUUUCCGGAGAACUCCCAGAGAUGCAGUGCCAGCUCUGUGUGGGAGCACCUGUGCUCUAGCUGAUGCUCGUCUAGUUAAUGUGCUCUUGUGUAUUCUGUUGAUUGGAAAGGUUAUUUUUGCCUACAGAAGGCAUGGAUGGUUUUCCUUAAAGUUGAGAGAUAUGAGACUUGAAAUGAAAAGUAGAUGGUAUUGGGUGGAGAAGUUAAACAUAGGAGAGUGGAGUUUUGCACCUAUUCUGAAUGCUGCCUUGUUUUGUUUGUGUUGUUCUAGUCCACUGCAGAUCUUCAGAUUGUUUUCAGUUGUGAAGAGGAACAUGGUUGCUAUACUGGAAGUCCAUCUAAUGAUUUAGGCUUUUCUUCUAAAUGGGAAAUUCCUUGUGCAUGAAAGAUUUAUCUGCUGCUUGAAGCAGUCUAAAAGUUGGUUUUAAUUGGUUGCCCACAGGAUUGGCUUGGCUUCUGCUACUUGUUAAGAAAAAACAUCUGUCUUUGCAGGUGUGUGUUGUUUCAGCGCAGCAUGGCUGUGGUCAUCCGCUUGCAAGGUCUCCCGAUUGUGGCGGGGACCAUGGACAUUCGCCACUUCUUCUCUGGAUUGACCAUUCCCGAUGGGGGCGUGCAUAUUGUAGGGGGUGAACUGGGUGAGGCUUUCAUCGUUUUUGCCACUGAUGAAGAUGCAAGGCUUGGUAUGAUGCGCACAGGUGGUACAAUUAAAGGGUCAAAAGUAACGUUGUUGCUGAGCAGUAAAACUGAAAUGCAGAACAUGAUAGAGCUCAGUCGUAGGCGUUUUGAAACUGCCAAUCUAGAUGUGCCACCAGCAAAUGCUAGCAGGUCGGGACCACCACCUAGUUCUGGAAUGAGUGGAAGGGUUAACUUACCUACUACUGUACCUAACUUUAAUAAUCCUUCUCCUAGUGUAGUAACUGCUUCUACUACGGUGCAUGAAAGCAAUAAAAACAUAUCCACAUUUUCUACUGCCAGUAUUGGCACUGCACCUCCAAAUCUUGGGAGUACUUUUGGUAGUCCAACAUUUAGCUCAACUAUACCUAGCACAGCAUCCCCAAUGAACACAGUACCUCCUCCACCAAUCCCUCCUAUCCCAGCUAUGCCAUCUUUGCCACCAAUGCCUUCUAUUCCCCCUAUACCUGUUCCACCUCCUGUACCCACACUGCCUCCUGUUCCUCCAGUUCCUCCGAUACCCCCUGUGCCCCCUGUACCUCCAAUGACGCCUCUGCCUCCCAUAUCAGGAAUGCCUCCUAUGAAUCCUCCACCCGUAGCACCCUUACCCACUGGAAUGAAUGGGUCUGGAGCAGCAGUGAAUAUGAACAGCGGCUUGAAUCCAUUGUUUAUUGGUCCCAUGAAUCCUGUAAAUCCUAUCCAGAUGAAUUCUCAAGGUAGUGUCAAGCCAAUUCCAAUCAAUCCAGAUGAUUUGUAUGUCAGCGUUCAUGGAAUGCCCUUUACUGCAACAGAAUCUGAUGUGAAAGACUUUUUCCUUGGGCUCCGUGUGGAUGCAGUCCAUAUGCUGAAGGAUCAUGUAGGUCGAAAUAAUGGAAAUGGACUAGUUAAGUUUUUUUCUCCUCAAGAUACAUUUGAAGCACUGAAGCGAAACAGAAUGCUGAUGAUUCAGCGCUAUGUUGAAGUUAGUCCUGCAACAGAGAGACAGUGGGUAGCUGCUGGAGGCCACAUAACUUUCAAGCAAACCAUGGGUCCCUCUGGGCAGGCACAUCCUCCUUCCCAGGCUCAUCCUAGGUCCAAAUCUCCCACUGGACAGAAAAGGUCACGGUCAAGAUCUCCCCAUGAGCACGGUUUCUGUGUUUAUUUGAAAGGUCUUCCCUUUGAAUCAGAGAACAAACAUGUGAUAGAUUUUUUUAAAAAGCUGGAUAUAGUUGAGGACAGCAUUUAUAUAGCUUAUGGACCUAAUGGGAAGGCAAUUGGGGAGGGGUUUGUUGAAUUCAGGAAUGAAGCUGAUUAUAAAGCAGCUUUGUGUCAUCAUAAGCAGUACAUAGGUAAUCGCUUCAUUCAGGUACAUCCAAUUACUAAAAAGGCAAUGUUAGAAAAGAUAGAUAUGAUUCGUAAAAGAUUGCAGAACUUCAGCUAUGACCAGAGGGAAAUUCUGAUGAAUGCUGAGGGAGAAUCAGGCUUGCCAAAACUGUGUGCGCAUAUAUCUAAUAUUCCAUACAAUAUAACAAAAAUUGAAAUACUUCAGUUUCUAGAGGGACUGGCAGUAGAAGAAAACUCUGUACAAAUUCUUGUUGAUAAUAAUGGCCAAGGUUUAGGACAAGCACUGGUUCAAUUUAAAGCUGAAGAUGAUGCUCAUAAGGCAGAACGCUUGCACCGUAAAAAACUGAAUGGAAGAGAUGUUAAUUUGCGUUUGAUAACUGUAGAAGAAAUGAGAGAUAUUGAGAGAAACCCAGCAUCUCAAGGAAAAAAGAUCCUGAAAAUACCAAUCCAGGGAAAUGCAGCUGUGCCAGGAGCACCGGGCCCUGGUGGAGAUGAGCAUGCCUUCUUGGGGGGAAAUGCUAAAGACACAAACAAUGGUCCUCCGUUUAAUUUCCCUGGUAACUUCAGUGGGUCUAGCACAUUUGGUCCCCCUUUACCGCCACCUGGAAUAGGUGGCUUUCCUGAUUCUAGACCAGGAAUACCCACAGUUGCAGCUAGUGGUUUACCUGGUGCAAGUAUUGAGGUACCAGGUUUUGCAGGUGGUCCUGCUAAUUUGAGUGGACCAGCAGGUUUUGCAGGGGGUCCUCAGACAUUUGGUAAUGGUCCUGGCAAUUUAGGUGGGCCCCCUGCCUUCGGUGCUGGUCCUCCAGCAAUUGCUAGUGGUCUUGGACAUUUAAGUGGACCUCCAGGGUUUGGACCUGGACCAGGAAACAUACAUAUUGGUGGACCCCCAGGCUUUGGAACAGGGUCUGGGAAGCCGGGGCCAACUGUCAUUAAAGUGCAGAAUAUGCCCUUUACCGUUUCGGUGGAUGAAAUUUUGGAUUUCUUUUAUGGUUACCAAGUGAUUCCUGGUUCCGUGUGCUUAAAAUACAAUGAAAAAGGCAUGCCCACUGGAGAAGCAAUGGUUGCAUUUGAGUCUCGUGAUGAAGCUAUGGCAGCUGUUGUUGAUUUAAAUGACAGACCUAUAGGUUCCAGAAAAGUAAAACUUCUAUUAGGGUAGCUGUUCAUCAAGUAGUUGUAGAAUAGAUAUUCAUAGUGCUGUGACAAAUGCAUCUGGAUUGGUUUUUAUAGUAUUUCCAGGAUAGAACCUGUGGAUUGUUUAAAUUGUAAAACAGAUGGGUCUUGAUAAAACAGAGCACUGGUUUAGCCAUUACAUGAGAAACACCGCAAGGAGAGAGGUGUGGUGGAUUUUCCUCUUACAAAUAUGUGGAGAAGCUGGACAGAUUCUUAUUCGUCAUAAAAGUUUGGUAAACUCUUCUGGACACAGUGCUUAUUGAGAAACUGAGAUUCGUUUGACAUAGUCUUGGAUAAGGGAAAUAGAUAAAGUCGGUGAAGCUCUUCAGUGGUGUUCUUGUAAGCCAUUGUAAAUUAGAUAGCUAUUUUUAGAUUUGGUUAAAAGCUGGCUGAAUUUGCUUUGUUCACAGGUCAAAGCUUUGUUUAAAGUCCUGAUUUUAUUCUGCAACUGAAUGAAUUCUCAGUGUACACAGAUCAAUUGUUUUGUGUAUGUAUCUUUCUUUUUUUCCAAAAUUCUCACUGUAUGAACAGUUGAAUUAUGCCCUUUGCUGAUAUGUCUACCAAACUAAUUCCUAUGAGUAUGAGCAGAAUCGUUCUGUAAAAUUCAAGCUGUUCUGUGUGGUAUAACCUUUAGUAAUUUAUAUAUUGCAAUUAUAACUGUUCAGAAUAAGACUUUUGCCACAAGUAUAGCUAACCUCAAACUUAAAUCAUAUGAGUUUUAUAGUACAUUUUAAAUGUUUUCAGUUGAAAAUAAUAAUUAUUGUUUAAGUAGCUUGAUUUGUUAGGAUUACACAAAUCAGUUGAGAAAGGAUCUUUGACACUAGUUGGAUAUUAGUGUUUCUCACAUGUCUCUUGAACUCCUCACAUAGAGUCUCUGCUAAGAGAACAAAAAUGGUGAUUAUUAGUAGAAGAUUGGAGUCCAGAUAAAGUUUUAAAUUAGGCUAUAAUGGAAGAAACUUGUAUCUUCAGCAACUCUGUUGUAAAUUACUGCUGUGGGUGAAUUCAGAGAUAAAAUUUAUUUUUCUCCAAAACCUGAAAGUACUGAGUUUACUAUAUAUUUUUGCAAUAAAGUUGUGCUGUUGUAUUCAAAGUCUGUAAAGAGUUACCAUUUUAUUUGUUGUGCAGUGAAACCUUCCAUGGAAAAACAGAGAAAUGGAAAGGAAGUAAUUACGCAAGUGAAAAGUAGAAAUUUUUUGGUUCAUCCUUGCUUGGCUUAUGAUAAAUUUUAAGACUUGGACAUUGCCUGAAAAAAAUCCUGCUAUUCCCUGCAAAUCAUUGUACUUAAACACAGUAAACUUCAAACUAUUUUUGGUUUUUUUUUUUUUUUUGACAAAGAAGAACAGUGCUAUUUGGUGUUGCAUACCAUGGAACACUGAAGUGUAUGGGCAGGCAAAAUUGAGAGGUGCAAGUGGCAACAGUUUUAUUCAUGUGGUGUGUAGGAGAGAUUUGCAAACCUGUGCAGCUCUGCGUCCUGAGAGGAUUUCACAGUACAGGAAUGCGUGGAAGGAUUGUAUAAAGGUGUACUUCAAUAAAGAGGCGGUUGCAUUACACAGAUGCUUCUGUAAUUCAUUAGCAUAAUUUUGUUUUGACAGAGUACUAGGUGGUCCCAACUUUGGAAAAGUCAUGUGAUUUGUAUAUACUGUUUAAAAUUAAGCCUCCUGUUAAUAAAACUGUCUGUCUCUGAAGCUUCAUGUUAUGCAUUUCAACAGUCUUUGGGAGUAAUGUUUCAACAGCAGAUCUUUGUUUCUUUUUUUUCCCCGACAGUCUGAAAGUACUCUUCCUAAUGUCAGAAAGAUGUGUGUGAUUAGGGGUCAAGUCAGUUUAUUUUAAAAUUUUGCUCUUUGUUUUUUAAGCAACUUUUAUUAAAGUUUCAUACUAUAUUGGAGUUUUUUGGGUGCUUGUUUCUUCAUGUUUCACAUUAGAAUAAAAUUACUGAAAAGGAAAA